CAUCAAAGUGGGGGAGGUGUGAGCGUCGGAGGUGGUGAUGCGCGAGCAGCAGAGUUCGGUAGUUGUUGGUCUACGUUGGUUGCUGCUGGUCUUGUUGUCGAGUGAAUCAGAGUCAAAGGAAAACAGAGCAUCUUUUGUUUACACUCGCGAGACGAAGAAGGCCUUAAGAUGGUGUCCGGUGGCAUGACAUGUGUGAAAUACCUGCUCUUCUGCUUCAACCUCAUCUUUGCGAUCUCAGGGGUUGCUAUCUUCACCGUGGGUAUGAUCAUACACACCGUGUACCAUCACUACUCGUACUUCAUAGAGCCCAGCUUUGAGUCAGCUCCGGUCGUCCUGAUCAUCGUAGGAGUCAUCGUCGCUGUGGUAGCGUUCUUCGGCUGCUGCGGCGCCGUCAAAGAGAACCACUGCAUGAUCAUCACCUUUGCCGCAUUGUUGCUCAUCAUCUUCACGAUUGAAUUAGCUGCUGGUCUGGCCGGUUACGCUCGUCGCAUGGAAGUUGGUGAUAUGUUGGAGAAUCAAUUCAACACGAGCAUGCAGAACUACUACGUCCGCAAGGAUGUCGAAAAGUCCUGGAACAUUUUGCAGCAUGAGAUGAAAUGCUGCGGAAUGAACGGACCCGAGGAUUGGCGCUCCGUCAUCCACAACGAGACUCUGCCGCACACUUGCUGCCCGGACACCCAAAACGAUGGCACCUGCACCAUAAUGACCCUCAACAAGUACACAAAGUCGUGCUUGGAGAGCCUCGAAGAUACUCUCCUAACUUAUUCCACUAUUAUAGGAGGCGUAGGAUGCGGAGUGGCCGUAAUCCAGUUAAUUGGAGUGGUAUUCGCCUGUUGUCUGGCCUGCAGCAUCCGCAAGGAAUACGAAACCGUUUAAACGCGCCGACGAUCUUAAAUUUUCUUUAUUAUUUGUGAUUUAUUUCUAUAUUUUAUAUGAUUAUUAUUAUUGUAUGUUUUGUUGAGUUUCUCUAAUUUAUUUUCUUAUUUCUCUGACUGAUUUUUCUUAUCUAUUACGUUGUGUUCUCAUUAUUUACUUUUUGGUUGUUCUUGAUUGAAGAUGGAUGUUCUCACUGUUGAUAAGUUAAGUUUAGGACGAAUGAGUCAAUUUUUUUGAUAAUAACAGAUUUUACAUGUAAUGUUUAUGUACGCGCAUCUCGUGUCGGUGUUUCUCAACCGGGACAAGAAAAGGAAGGAUACAUUUUCGGUUCGUUGACUAAAAAAAA